UUAGGAUUCAGCAAUCCAGCAAAGCUAGUAGGGUCGAGUCCCCAAAAAAAAUUAAGCCCCCGUAGGUUUUCCGCAAGCAACCGCACACACCAUACAAAAUGGUUAAGAAAUCCAUCGAGGCGAUGGCGAAGCAGUCCGUCAACCAGAAAAAGGAUGCCGAGGAGGGUCGCAAGAAGAAGCGCGAACCCCUCGACGACCAAGCUGUGAAGGCGCAGCUGCACAACAAGGGUUACAGUACCUGCGACGGGAAUGUCGUAAUCUACAAGCGGCUCCGCAACGGCAACACGUACUGCGAUAUCAAUUGCAUCAGCGCCCAUCUUCUGUGCAAAUUCUUUUAUUUUGUAAUGCGAAGUAACCACGUAUCUGGCAUUUUUUCGGGAUUGGAACUGCGCAGAAGAUGGGCUUUUUUGAUUUUUCAUAAUUUGGAAGCACGGGUGGAACAUCAUGAAGAUGUUGAAAAAGGACAAAGAAGGCGUGCUGGAGUGGGGCGCCAACGUGCAGGAGGAGUAUUUCGCGGUGGCGACCAAGCGCCUCCCGCAUUUGUCGCGGGAAGGUUUUCUCACCAUGCUGAACACCACGCACGAGGAACUGAACAAAACCCGGAAGCAUGGUCUGGCGCGGAAACGCAUUGCGGAGCAGCGGCUGGCGCAGCAGAACAGCAUUGGCGUGCUCGUGGAAGAGGUCCCGCCCACUUCGGUUUCCAGUGCAAACGCCCUCGCGUCGGAAAAGGCUAUGAAAUACAAAAGCAUCGCACUCGUACUGAUAGAUUGCAAACAUGCAUGACAAAUUGCCCUACCUAAAACAGAGCCAAAAACUUCAUUUGUCAUGAACAGUAAAUCUGUAAUGCAAUUUAUACUAGUGCGAUGCAUUUGCACUUCAUAAAGGCCGACGACCAGCAAUCUACCGGAAGUGUGGCGAACGAGGAGCAGCAGGCCGGCAUCUUUGGGGGGAAGGAGGACGCGCGAGCCGACGACGACGACCUUCCGUCCAUGUUGAGUAGCAGUCAGGAAGAUGAAGAGGUGGAUCAGGAUAACUACAAACCCGCCGGCAAAACAGUGGACUUCCUCGCCGCAGAGGAUGAGCACCCAGACUUUGAGUUCGGUGGCGACAGUGACACCAACGACAAGCGCACUGCCCUCCUCUCUGAGUUCGACGUGACGGGCGAAACAAUCGGCGGGGCUGCGCAGUCCAGCUCUUCCUCUGCUGGCCCCUCCGGCCCCAGCAGCUCUUCCACCGGCCACAACUUCAUCUCCGGCCAGGCCGCGCGCACCAGGAUGUUCGGGGUCUCCGGAGGGAUGGAAGAUGAUGAUGAUGAGGAAUCCGUGUGGAUUGUCCCGAAAGAUGCUAGCGCGAAACUGUGGACGGGAGCGACGAGGCAGCAAAUCACCGACGCCUCGCAUACAAUGAUGAAAAACAAGAAGGACUGCGGCAUUGAAGAUGUAAUCCCACUCUUUAAAUAUGAAGAGUUGCACGACGUCGGGUGUGCGGUUUUAGAGGCUAUCUUCUCGCGCGGUUGGGGAAUGGAUAUGUUUCGGGAAGACGCGGAGGUUUUGCGCUCUUACCCUUCGCUCCAGUGGUUGCAGUGGGCGGACUGGCAGGAGGACGACUUCGUGCCGUCUGGUCUGCCGGAGCCGCCGGCGUGGUUCAUCAAGGGCCAGCCGGAGGAGCUCCGGGAGAUGAUCAGGGACUCCUCCGCGAAUACGUGGAUCGAGAUGUUGAUCGAGGUGGCGGACGACGGAAAACUGGACCUGGCGAACAAGAUGCUGCGGAAAAUUCAGCUGCAGAAGCCGAACCAGUGGCAGAUCGUCCUGUCGGGCUUGGCGAAGACGAAGCACUGGGAGUCCUUUCCUGCCCUCGCGGUUACCUACAAGGCCUUUGAGGUGUUCCUGGGUGAGGCCGGGUUGCAAAUCGAGAACCACAACAAGGGGCCGAAGUACCUGCUGAACGACAGCGUGAAAAUCAUGCCGCAGCCCGGUGUGGAAAUUGAUGCCGCUGCAAUGAUAUGAUCUGCAAAUGUGUCUUCUUGUAGGAACCGCAUGACAAAUGAGCUUUUUGCGACAGAUGGCAUUUGUCAUGUUAUGUCUAGCAUGGAAGGGGAAUUUGUCAUGCACAGGUGCGAUUUGUAUGCUUUGACACAUUUGCAGAGAAUAAGUGAUGGACGUCGAAGCUACAGUCACCAAACUUUCCAAAGCGCAGACCCCCUUCGUCAAGCUGCGGCAGCACAUCCACAAGGCCGUCGAAAAGGUGGCGAAGAAGUGCCAGGGGUUGUUGGAAGAAGCGGUGCAGGCUGCGCUGGACAUCGAUGAUUACAACUUCUUCUGCCAGACCCGACUGUAUUUAUUUUCAUUUAGUCACAUUAGAGGUUUUUUUGCAAAUUAAAGACGGGGCAGCCCGGAUGCGCGGCGCUAUGCCUCCGCCCUGGUUCCCGGAGAUUCAGCGCGGGCUUGAUUUGUGCACCACGCCACUCGCUGCGCAGGAGGGCCUUUGCGGGCCUCACUUGGAGUGAUGUUGAUCUGCGCCGCGCCAAACAACUUCCCGCCAUUCGCUUUGUGCAGCCCCGGGAGUCUCAUUGCCUGCAGGGCCGGCAGCCGCCCUCAGGUUUCCGCACAUUUGCACGCGCCGGUGGCCUGUUUUGUUCGCAGCAAGCUCGGUUCUUGAGUACAUGAAUUUACAAACAAAUUUAUGCGCGUCUACACAUGUAAAAAAACUACACACACAGGGACAGCAAAGUGCGGGAGCAACUUGUCGCGGCCUUGAACGUGGCCGAGAAGGACAGUUUAUCGGAGAAGCGGGCGGCAAGGGCUAUCUACUACAUGAAGUACAUGGACAUGCACCUCGAGGAGGCGGCCCGCGCCGCUGCUUCCCAGGCCAUGCUGAUGCCGUCUGACAAAGUUUUCCGCGUGGCCCUCGCGUACUACUACUACGGAAAGCCGACGCUCGAGGGCGCCACCGAAGGCGUCCGGCAGUUGAGCAGUCUGUUGGAUACGUUGUUGGACAUUGAUGACGAAGGGGUGAAAAUUCUCGAUGUCGUAUGAAGAUGCAAGAAACUCCUCCGGCUGGAAGUUGUCAUGCGUUUACGCAUGACACAUUUUGACAAAAGAAACAGAAGCGCAUGACAACCUAACGCCGGAAAUGUUUUUCGCAUCCUAUACGCCGCCGAGCUGCAGGACUCUAUCGCCGCCAUCAGCCAGUUUCAGGAGAACUGCAAAAAGUUCAUUGCCCAGUCCGACAUGAUUAAGCUGACCGCGAUUUCCAGCAACAUGGCCAACAUUUUGAUCGAGUGGAAGCGGAACAACAAGGUGGAGGCGAAGCGCCAAAACGCUGCCAAGACCAGUAAGGAAAAAGAUGCGGACCGCGCGGAGGGACCGGCGGCGAAGAAACUGAAAUCGGAAAAGCAGGCCCAGCUGUACGACGUGAAGCAGGACAUUUUGAGGGACGCGACGUCCGGCGCUAGCAGUUCCUCAACCGCCCUGCCGUCGAACAAAUCGGCGUAGGAAUUGCAAAACGCCCGGACUUGCUCUGUUUUCUGUUUUCACUUUUGCAUAGACGGCGAAAAUACUCUGCGCCCAUACAAAACAGAAAACAGCCAAGGUCCGGGCGUUUUGGAGCUGCAUACGAACGCCAGCCGCAACACCGAUUUGUUCUUUCAGGAGUUACAGAAGAUGAAGGACGCGAACUAG